AUCAUGCAUUUAUUUUCAUCAAUAACAUAAAUGAUUGGGAAAAACUGGUAUCAUUUUUCAGAGUGAAAGGACCCUCAUAUUUUCACAGUAGGAAGUGACAUCACGUGUUGUCAACAUGGUAAAGGCACGCCUCCUUCAUAGCAAUGAGGAGGAGGGCAUAACAUAAACCCUGGUAGCACAUUCUGAGACAGACAGACAUUCGAUUGACUGCUACUGUGCUAAGUUCAGGAUUGUCAUCUGUGUGAAUAUGACUCCUCCACGGAUAUUUGGAUUCUCUCUCCAUAGCAACAGAGCGUCGGGACCCAGCUGGGGAGUGUUUUGUCUAGCUCUGCUCUGCCGGCGAAUGGCAGAGCAGAGCACAGGGAGGUAGAGACAGAAUAAAAAAAAAAUGUGCAUUCACUUCAACUGUGUUACUGUGCGAUUGUCUCUCUUAGAUCAGCAGGCAGAUUGACAAGCAUUCCCAAGCAGAUACCAGAGACAAAUGGAGGGAUGCAACAAUUUCACUCUUCACUCUUUCACUCUUCUGUCUGAGACUGAAUCACUCCAGCGCGUAUCCUUUUGUGUCAGAGACCCAUGCGUCCUCCUCAGUCAAUCCCCCAAGAUCGACUGUGGGUUAACAGAGCCCCCUCCUCAGCCUCCCUCUCCCUGUCUGUGCCUCCAGUGUUGCUCGGUUCCUGCUUCGCAAGUUUCUAUUUACCCCUGCUAAGCUCUCUCUCCCUCUCUCUUGCUGUCUCCCUCUCACUCCUUGCUAUCUCCCUCCCCUAGCUUCAUUCAAAGCCAGCAGCUUGCUAUUCUCUCCAGGCUGCUUCCUACAUGAUCUCUUGGAAAACAGCGCUCGACGCUGCUCUCUCGCUGUUCGAUGCCGGAGCUCUCUCAGAUUUUAAUCUCAAGAACGGCAGGAUGUUCCUGCACAGGGAUUGAUCUCCCCUUUUCCCCUCUCGUUCUCCCCUUCCCCUCCCCUUUCCUAAUCUCCUGACCUCUGACCCUCACGCCCCUUCUCCUUCCUGACACCCCUUCCCAUUCUUCCUCACCCCAAACCUCCACUCCUCCUCUCUGCUCUUACGCUGUUGACCAUGUUGCCAUGUGUCUGCUGGAUCCAGCCUCUCCUCGUCUUUCUGUCCUCUGUCUUACGGGCUCAGGGGGAAAACUGCCCAGCGAGCUGCCUGUGCCCGGAUCCCCACACUGUGGACUGCAGCGGUCGUGGACUCACCCGUCUUCCUGAUGAGAUCCCUUUGGACAUCCGCAGGCUCCUUUUGUCUGACAACUGGAUCCCCCGCAUUCCCUCUGACUUCCUUGUGCUCUACAGUGACCUGGUCUACCUGGACCUGCGGAACAACUCUCUGUCCCACAUUGAGCCGGGCACCCUCAGCACCUCUUCCAGGCUGGUGUUUCUGGACUUGGGCAGCAACAACCUGACUGACAUCCCCUCGGGCACCUUUGGGCAGUCCCGUAGCCUGAUCAAACUCCGCCUGGGUAACAACCCCUAUCUGAGCAUGGUCAAUGAGGACGCGUUCCUGGGUCUCACCUCCCUGCGUGAACUGGAGCUGGAGCGUAAUGCCCUGUCUGGCCUUCAGGUGGGAGCGCUGAGCCAGUUGCCCUCUUUACGGGUGGUGAGACUGGAGGGCAACCCUUGGGUGUGCAACUGCAACUUUGCCAACCUGUUUGCAUGGCUGGAGGAAAACAGUCACAAGCUUCCGAAUGGAGUGGAGGGCAUAGAGUGUUCACUACCCAUGGACGGCAGACGGGUGUCCCUGAGCCAGCUCUCACAGGACAGCUUCCGGGAGUGUCAGAUCACCCUUACCUUAACAGACUUACUCAUCAUCAUCUUCUCUGGCAUCUCUGUGUCUGUAGUGGCAAUCAUGACCAGCUUUUUCCUAGCCUCCAUUGUCCACUGUUUCCAGCGCACGAGCAAAACCUCUAAGGGAGAUGAGGAGGAGAGUGAGGAGUGAGACUGACUUAGCCCCAGAGCAUGCCUGAACUGACACUUCAUCUGGCCCAACCGUGAGACCAGGCUGCUACCUAACAUGCUGCUCAACCUGCCGCCUCACACUGGUGGAGAACUGGGAGAGGGAUAGACUGUUUUAGUGGCACAUUUUGUAUGUAUGCCACAUAGGGGGAACCUUUCCAGUUCAAAAAGGCAAUGGUUCCUUGGGGAUCUCCAGGGUUCCUUGGGGAUCUCCAGGGUUCCUUGGGGAUCUCCAGGGUUCCUCGAGUCACCACUAAUUCUAAGAGUGUAGUGUGGUUGCUCUUUGAAAGCAUACUGUAUAGCUCCGUUAUACAAACAAAUUCACUGGUGGUUGAUGAUUCCUUCGGGAAACACCAAGAUGUAGAAAAAAUAUCAAACAACGUUUAGAAAGAAUUGCAUACUUUGCAGUUAGCUUUUCGGUGCCCAGCCCAGACUCAAACAUCUCCAAUCAACAGUGGAGGAACAGAAGAGAAAAGCAAAUAAUACAGACUUUGCGGGAAAACUAUUUACAUUUUAGGUUUGACAUUUUUACAUCUUAAAGAUGUUUAGAUAGAGUCAUCAAACUAUAAAUAAUUGUGAAAUGUAUUAACAGAACUAUCUGUAAGUAGCAGCAGGCUCUAAAAGCCCACAAUGAAUGCACUGAGCAUUGGCCAAGUUAAAAUGUUUGUAGGAGGAUACUGUAUGUGUCAUAUUGAACCAGGGCCUUAGUACUUAGACUGCCAGCCAGGUAAAACACAUUAUACACUAUAUGGAGUGUCCUACAUUCUCAAGGAGGUCUUCAAUAUGUUUUAUUUUGGGACUGCGUCACAAGUUAGCCAGCUUUCUUCAAAAAUGAUUUUGCUGUUGCAGCAUGAAAGAUUGAUUCAGGGCAGCAGCCUGGGUAAGAGGGCUGUGCUGUGAUGGAAAAUAUAAUGAAUCUGACAGCUGCUGAUAGACUCUGAGGUAUAGGUCAACAAAUGGUUUUAUAUACAGUAUAUAUCCACAAAUGUCUGUAUCGAUGGAAAUAUAGAUAACAAAAUGUUAGACAAUGAUAUACAUCUUCCAGAGGAUAAAUAUUCCCUAGAUUGAGAAUUGUGAAUUGUGUAAAAGUCCACACAUAUAGGCUCAUAAACAAUGAUAAUUUAAUAGAAUCGAUGUGUCAAACACUGCACUUUAAAUGGUGACCAUUGUACCUGAGUUUGGCCCCUAACUUCACAGAGUGGACUAGUGUUACCUAUAUCUGCCAAAGAUUAGGUAGAGGAAAUGGGUAUUAGGGACUUCCAUGUGGAUUAUGUUGUGUACAGUGUAGUAGAGCUGGUCCUUAAAAGGUAUCUGCAGUAUAGUCAAAUUACAUUUAAUCGAUGUAACUGUAAAAUCACUUAUAUAUGGUCUCCAUGCAGAUUGCAAUUUGUUUCAAACCUUGGAUAGCUUGCUUAUUCAAAUUGAUCAUUCCAGCUAUUUGGUGUCCCCUCAAAUGCCAAGAAAAAUUACAAUAUAUAUGUACAGUUGAAGU